UGUCCGAGCUUGUCGUAAAUCUUCAGCUCUUACACUGAGUCAUGGCAUCUAUGAUUCAUUACAAUUUAGGUGCUGGCAUUAGUCUUACAAAAACCCUGAAUAGCAAAUUUUCUGCAGUCCAGCCAAAUAAUAUUGCUAAUGCAAGGCAUUUGAGCAACCUAGCAGUCACCAGUAAUGUCCAUUCUCCUAUCCCCAAGUUCACAUUUCCUCAACAAUCAUUAGCAACAAAAAGGCAACUAAAUGUUGCAGCAAAGAGCAAACAGGAUCAAUGGAAACUGCAGUGCAGUGACUGUACACCUGGUUUCACAUCGGAUUUCUUUGAUGAUAUUGGCAUCCUGAUCCACAGGUUCUUCUAUGCCAUCAAUUCGAGAAACGACGAACAAUUACUGGAGGAUGUUCUCUCGUAUGACUGCGUGUUUAAGGACUUAAUUUUUCAGAUUGCUUUCGAUGGAGAACAGAGUAUCAUACAAUUUCUUCGGAAGGUAAUGAAGGCAAUGGGGCCUCAUAUUCGUUUCAAGAUUGAAAGGGUGCAACCUAGGAAUGAAUUGCAGGCUGCAACUGCUUUCUUGCAUCUAGAGUGGAAUAAUCAAGUUAUACCCUUCACCAGAUUUUGCACUGACUUUGAAUGCGAGUUUGGCCAAAAACCCUUGAUCAGGUGCGCAAUAAUUUGAUUGAAAUAUUUUUUUUUUACUCCAUGUUUUAGUAUAAUGGUAAUCUGUAUCAAUUAAUCUGGAAGGAAGGGCUCUUAUUGUUUGAAUUGAAUUUCUCGAUGGUCUCAAGGAACAGCUGAUCGAUUUAUAAACUGAUCAGAACUAGUAAUCUUGAAGGAGAUUUCACUUCAUAAGCACGGAUAUAAUUUUAAGAUGGGUCGGAAAGAAUGCCGAGAAAUGGACGAGAUCCAUUUGUUCUCCAAUGGCCAAGAUAAAAUGGGCCGUCCAAGCAAACAUAAGAGAGCAAAUGAAAUAGUCCCAUCAUCUCUACUUGCAUGUUUUUUUUUCCCUCUCUAAAUUCUAAGUUCAAAAAAAAAAAACUCAGGUGAUUAAGAACUUUUACGCGUUAAUUAAAGAUUUUCAACUGA